AUGCCUCCUUUUUUUCCGCGCAAACGUCUACGUUCUUCAUCCCCAGAGCCAGAGUCAGAGCCAGGUCCAUCAAGGCAGCAGAAUCUCGGAGGCAAAAAAAGCAAAUUAUUGAAAGCCACUCCAAGAAAGGCUACAUUAUUUGAUGAUCUCGAUGCUGGAGCCAAAAGUCCUGAAGAUACUAAGGCUAUUCUAAAGAAGAUUCAAGCUACGGAUGAUGAUGAUGAUGAUAGCAGCUCCUUAUCAUCCCUUUCAGAAGAUGAAUUCGAAGAUGUCCCAAAUACGAACAGACAACAGAGAGAUGAUGCGACCGAUGAUGAGGAUGAAGAUAUCGAAUUUGAGGAUGUCGAAACGAAUUUGGCAAAUAAAUCAUCUGCGAACAUACCUACUGGUGAUCUCGAACUUACAUUGACGAAAGAAACGAGGAUUUCGCUCACCAAUCCACUCGGGACGAAGAAAGGACCUAGCAAGAUCGAGAGGGGUAUUAGAACGGCUACACAUCAAAUUCAUGUACAAAUGUUAAUGUGGCAUAAUGCGAUCAGGAAUUCUUGGCUUUGCGACAAGGAGUUACAGGAGAUUCUAGUGGGGCAAUUACCGGAAACAGUCUUGAGAGAGAUUGAGAAAUGGAGGAAGGAUAGCGGAAUACAAACUAAGCCGGAUAACACUUCGAAGUCGAAUGGGAAAGGCAAGGGAAAGGUUACAAAAGGGAAGAAGGUCGAUGUUAGGAGUCAACGAGAUUGGGGGGAGCCUGCAGAAAGACAGGAGGCUGGCCAGAUUAAUAUGAGUCGUGGCGAUCCUAUGUUUCGCCUCCUGAGACUAUUGAUGAAUUAUUGGAAGCAGAGAUUUAGAAUCAUUACGCCGGGUUUGCGAAAGGUUGGCUAUAUGUCUCUCGAUAGACUUGACCAGGAAUGCAAGAGCUUCCAGAAGGACGAAGGCGAUUUUGAACGACACGGCGAAAGGAUAGUAAAUAUAGAUGAAUUCAAGAAAUGUGCCAAAGCUUUAGAAGGAAGUCGAGAUGUUGGCGCUCAGUUGUUCACAGCUUUAUUGAGAGGAAUUGGUAUUGAAUCAAGAAUGAUUGCUAGUCUUCAGCCUGUAGGAUUUGGAUGGAACAAGAACGAAGAUGCGGCAGAGAGAAAGGAUAAGAAAAGAAGAGAAGCCACUCCAGAAGAUGAUACCUCUGAUGCUGAGAGCAGUGAAGAAGAGACGCCUGCCCCGAAAUCUGCCCCGAAACCUUCCUCGAAACCUGCCUCGAAACCUUCCCCGAAAUCUGCAAAGAAAGUAAAUGGGAAAUGGAAAUUCACUCAAGUACCAAAUAAGCCCACGAAACCUGUCAAUAAGCCGGCAAGACGAAGUUCGCGCGGAAAUGGCUUAAAAGAUGCUCCUAUCGAUCUAUCAGAAUCCGAAGAACUUUCCAUGGCCAAUGUUAAAGAAGAAGAUGAUGAAUCUGUGGUUGAUAUUACUCCAGCCAAAACCCGUGUACAACCUUCGAAACCAUAUGAUAAAGAUCUCCUCUUUCCACAUUAUUGGACGGAAGUUUUAUCACCAGUCACGAAUACCUAUACCCCUAUCGAUCCACUCGUUCUCAAAAUUAUAGCAACCAAUUCUGAACUUCUCCAGAAGUUUGAAUCCCGUGGGGCAAAAGCUGAUAAAGCCAAACAAGUUACUGCUUAUAUCGUGGGACAUUCACCGGAUGGUACGGCCAAGGAUGUUACAAUACGAUAUUUAAAGGGGCAUAUGUUACCCGGUCGAACCAAAGGCAACCGCUUUCCCAUCGAGAAAUUACCCAUCUAUAAUUCUAAAGGGAAAGUCAAGCGUUAUGAGUUUUACGAUUGGUUCAAAACAGUCAUUAGUGGUUAUGUACGAGGCAGUAAGAAAUUUCCGAGAACAGAGAUUGACGAUCAUGAAGAGGCCACAGAUCUCAAAGCUGUUCAGCCCAAGAAAAAGGAAGUAAAAGAAGGAGAGGAAACUCUUCAAUCUUAUAAAUCUUCUACUGAACAUGUUCUGGAACGACAUCUCAGACGCGAGGAGGCCAUUCUUGAUACAGCAAAACAUGUAAAAAUGUUCAAUGUAAAAGCUAAAGGCGAUAAUCCCACCGAAGAGAAGGUAUGGCUCCGAAAAGACGUCGUCAGUUGCAAAAGUUUAGAAACAUGGCAUAAAGAAGGUCGAGCACCUCUUCCCGGUGCAAUACCACGAAAGCGAGUACCAUAUCGAGCGGCAACAACAAAUCGCAAGCGUGAGCUGGCGGAGGCUGAGCUUGAAAGCGGACAGAAAAUGUUGCAGGGUCUUUAUAGUCGUGAUCAAACUGAUUGGAUUAUUCCUCCCCCGAUUGUGAAUGGUGUCAUACCGAAAAAUAACUAUGGAAAUAUGGAUGUUUAUGUGCAAAGUAUGGUACCAGUGGGUGCGGUACAUAUCCCGAGGAGGGGUACUAAGAGGAUAUGUACACGAUUGGGGAUUGAUUAUGCAGAGGCGGUUACGGGGUUUGAAUUUGGUGCUAGGAUGGCUAUUCCGAUUAUUACUGGUGUGGUAGUUGCAGAGGAAAAUCUAGAGCGCGUCAUGGAACAAUGGGAAAAAGAUGAAUCGGAGAGAGUAAGGAAAGAAGAUGUGAAGAAAACUCAAGCGGCGAUAAAUAUGUGGAGGAAAAUGUUGAUGAGUCUUCGGAUUAUCGAGAGGAUGACGGAGGAAUAUGGAAGUCAUGGGGAAGGGGAAGUGGAUCUUGUUAAUCCAUUCAGCAACAAGAAUAAGAAAUGGACGCAAAAUGAUGAGGACUCCAAUGUAGAGGAACAAGCGAUGGGUAUGCAGCAAAAAGAUGAAGAUAUUGCAGGGGGUUUCUUCCCCGAAGGUUAUGUUGAGGAAGAAUUGGAAGGACAUCAUCCAACUAGUUUUUUCCCGGUGGUGGCGUCUCAGGAAGAUGGAGAUGGGGAUGGAGAUGAUGGUGGUGGUGGUGGUGGAUUUAUCGUGGAAGACGAGGACGAGAAUCGAGAGAAAGCUAAUGGGAUUCGUGGUCUGACAUCUACUACAAUUACGAGUACAUCUCCACCAUUCCAAUUCAUUGGGAAUGGGAAUGGGAAUGAUGAAUUCGACACCGAGAUUAAUGGCACGUCCGAUGAAGAUGAAGAUUCAGAAUCUGAUGAAGAAAUGCACAUCACGAAAUCGAAAAUCGAAAAAUCGAAAACUCAAACUCCAGCUCCAGCUUCGACAUCACGCGGUAGAGGUAGACCCGCCGGCUCAUCAAAUAAAACGCCUGCUCCAUCAAUAUCCAAACCAGCCUCAUCAAACUCGAAAGUAAAACAAAAAUCAAUAUCAAAGCCAAAAACAAUAACUCCAGCUAAACGCGUCGUCCCUGUAUCAAGAGCGUCUAGCAAACGAAAACGAAAACGAAUAUGUAUUCCUGAUUCGGAAGAUGAUGAUGAAGAUGAUGAGGAGGAUGUGGAUGAGGGUGUGGAAGGGGAAGAGAAUAUGGAAGAGAAUAUGGGUGUGGAUUUGGAUGUUGAUGUUGGAAUGGAUGACGAGGAAAAUGAGGAUGAAGAUAUUGAUAUUGCACCGCCACCGCCGCCUGAAAAAGCAGUAGGGAAGAAAGCAGUAGUGAAGAAACGUAAACCGGUAACGGUAGCGAUGAGUCAGAGUCAGCCGGUGAGGAUAACUCCAAGGAGAAAUGCGAAGAGGGUUAGUGGGAGGGUUGGUGAGAGGGUUGGUGCAACGGAGUUGAGGUCGAGAUAUUUUGAACAUGGGGGUGGGGGUGGGGAUAGAGGUGGAGAUGGGGAUGAGGAUGAAGGGGAGGAAGGGGAAGGGGGAUGA